AUGACCCGCACUCUCCUCUUCACUUCUGGAGUUCCUCAAAAUAUAUGGGUGGAAGCUCCUUUCACUUAUGUUCAUAUUAUCAACCUCUUUCCCACUCCUAUUCUUGAUUGGGAUACACCUCAGUAUCGUCUUUAUGGUACUCCUCCCUCAUAUUCAUCUCUUCGAGUCUUCGGUUGUUCCUGUUAUCCUCAUCUUGGUCCAUAUGUCUCCAACAAACUUUCCAUUCGUAGUGUUGAACGUGUUUUUCUUGGCUAUAGUUCCCAUCAUAAGGGCUAUCGCUGUCUAAAUCCCACCACUAGUCGAGGGCUUCACACAAUUUAUUUUCUCCUCUAUGUUGAUGAUAUUGUGUUAACAAGUAGCAAUAACCAGCUUCUCCAAACUUUUAUUGAUACUCUUGGACGUGGCUUUGAUAUCAAGGAUUUAGGUCCUCUCCACUAUUUCCUUGGCUUACAGGUCACUACACACUCUCAAGGGCUGUAUAUCAAUCAAAUAAAGUAUGCUCAUGAUCUCCUCUCCAAGCAUGAUCUCCUAUUCAGCAAGCUUGUGAAUACUCCUAUGUCCGCCAAGUUUGACCUCAAUGCCACUGAUGGUGUCGCCCUUGAGAAUCCUACAUCAUUUCUUGAAAUUGUUGGGUCCUUGCAAUAUCUCACCAUUACACGCCCUGACAUUACCUUUGCAGUAAACACGGUUUCACAGUUUAUGAGACACCCAGGUGUAUCUCAUCUUGUUGCAGUCAAACUCAUCCUCAGUUACGUCAAACACACUCUUGAUCAUGGUUUACUGUUCACACCACAGCGUCAACCGGUAACUCUGUCUACUUACUCUAAUGCUGAUUGGGCAGGCUGCCCCAUUACUCGUCGCUCUACAUCUGGAUAUCUUGUCUACCUUGGUUCUAAUCUCAUCUCUUGGUAUUAUAAAAAGCAGCCUACCAUUGCUCGCUCUAGUGUCGAAUCCGAGUAUCACUUUCUUGCUCACGCUAGUGCCGAAACAACUUAG